AUGGAUCCUAGAGCUGGUGGAAAGGAUCUCGACACCGACCCCGUUGGAGGCCAGGGUAGAGGGAAUGGAAAGGGCAAAGAUGUGGCCAGACGCGAAACGGACCAGGAUCGGGAACCUCAAAGGCCGCCUGCAGACACCGAAUCUAUCAUGUCUCGAGUUGGAAGGUCUGCCACAAGUCUAUCGCAAAGCGUUUUACGCGGCACGCCAACAGCCGGUGAUCUUGCGAAUGUCUCUUCGUCAGAAAAGACAGGGCCAUCAUCAAGCAACAAGCCUCCUGCUUCGGGUGAGGCAUCAUCCACUGCGGCUAGGGCUGGUACAUCCGACACCGGUGUCUUUCGAUCAGCCCAGGCAGAUGCUCAUGCUGCUGCUGAAGAGGCUGCUUUCUCCGACUUCUUGGACAGCACACCGGCGUUCGUCGCAACAGAACCGGCCGGCCUGGAGCAGGCAUGGCAGAGAGCAGGGGGUGGUGGUGCUUCAGUAGCACCUGGGACCAAUGGGGCUCCAGGACCCGCAAGCGCGUACUCGGUGGCCGAGCAGCAGGCUCAGGAUGGCGUGGAAGUUGUCCGACUGUUAUCACAGGUCACGGGAGAAGAGGCACCGAGGUUUGAAGAGGAUUAUGCGAUCUCCGAGGAAGAUCUCAAAAGCCUGAGGCGGGCACUCUUCGAGGAAGGAGCUACCGACCAGGUCUCGGCGACAGACUGGAACAACGUCCUCAAUUUCGUGCCGGACUUCUUGCGGGGAGACAGCUAUAGUCCGGCGACAGGGCCAUCUGGAGAUAGCCACAUGAACCUUGGGGUGACUGAGGCGGCAGAGGCAGGCCAGAUAUGGCUGGAGCAGUGGAACCGAGUCCUCACGGGCUAUACGGACGAGGUCUGGGGCGACCUGGGCUCGCUGGUGCAGGAGGCGCGGACAGAGGUGGCGCGGAUGAGAGAUACCAAGGAUGAGCAGCCCGGGAGCGCACCAGCAGUACGGCAACUGCGCACCAUCCUCACACGCGUGCGAGCCCUACCCUGGGAUCCAGCUGUGCGCCAGGCCUCGCUUGCAAGGUCUACCGAGUCUAGGUGCUUGUGUACCUAUGGGGAGUCACUGGAGGGCGCGGACAAGAAGCUCUGGACACCUCAUGAGAGGAGCAAGACCAAGCUCCUGGAGCUAAUACCACAGAAGCACUAUUUGUUUGGUAUCCUUCAAGCUGCCAAAGCCAUUGACUUCAUCAGUAAGAAGGUGCUGAGAUUCAUCCAGCAGGCUCCUCAGCUUGCCUGUGAGCCACGCGUGGGUUCAGUCUAUCGUCACCCGCCGAUCAUCGACUCGAACAUCCGACUUCGAGACAUUUUCGGGACCGAUUUUCGACUUGUUUCGUCCCAAGGGACCCCUCAGAUCACCAUGAGACGGAAACAACUCCUCUCAGUGCCCCUCCUCACCAUCACCCUCCUCCUCACCCACAUCCCCGCAGUCCUCGCCCAGCUGCAGCCCUUCUUCCCAGCCGAGACAGCCACACCCACUGUCGGCCGGUAUCGAGCCGCAGCACCAGUGCACGAGUUGCUCGCCCGCCAGACCGACGGCUGCAUCUCCGGCACAAGCAGCUGCGCAAGCCAGGGCUCCGCCUUCAACGGGAUCUGCUGCGCGGACGGCCAGGCCUGCGCCCUUGACGCCGACAACUCCCCGGCGUGCUGCCCCUCAGGCGCCGUGUGCACGGGGACUGCCCCGUCCAGCUACAAGCCCCCGACGACGACGGCCGUAAGCUACGUGCCCAACGCCUACUUCAGCUUCCCGUACAUCGCGACGUCCUUCUCCAACGCGGGGGCGUGCUCCAGGGCAGUCUCGCAGUGCAGCGCCAACUACGCCGCGUGCACCGCGGACCUCGCGGGCGGCGCCGGCGGGGCCGUCACAGUCGUCGUGCCGGCUGGCAACGGGGGCACGACGACCAUCGGCGCCAACGCCGGGACCACCCUGCCGACGGCGAGCGCCACGAGCGUCUGCCAGAGCCUGAGCAGCGUGGCCUGCCACUCCAUCCAGGGGUCGUACUGCGAGGCUGGGUCGACGGCCGGGUUCACUGUUGGGAGCGCGAAUGCGGCGCCGACGCACUUGCCGUGUAUGGGCGUCGUAGCUGGAGUUGCUGCUGGUGUUGGGUUCGGCAUGAUGGGGAUAUGA